AUGUACAAUUCCUUCGGGCAGGGCUCACCUGGCCUCUCAGGCUCAGACUCGUCUGACGGAUCCUCUGGCCAUUCAUCAAACCGACUCGCAUCUCCCUAUACCCCAGCUGCGCCACGCCCGGCAGAUAGCUCUCACUUCUACUCACAUCCCGCCCGCACCUCGGUUCUGAGCGCCGACGGCCAGCUGCUCGUCGAUCCCGUCCCCGGUCUCGCCGGAAUACCGCGUGGCGACGGCACCAACAUGGACGCCUCGGGAAACGACGACAUGCUCCACGUUUGGAGUGCGAGCGGGAGCCUGCCGUCGUUUUCGCGCGCGUUUGACAUGUUCACGCAGCCUCUCGAGGCUGACGACUUACCCUCGAGCGCCGACGGCCAGUUCUUUGUGCCCUCUUAUCUACGGGGGUCUACCUAUAUGCAGAUGCUUGAGGAGGCACACAAGGCGAAGCUGCAGGCACAAAAGGAUUCGAAGCGGUCGGCGGCCAACGGAGCCGCCAACAGCACCUCCGCCUUUCCUCAGGCACCACUGCCACCCGGCGCCCACCGAGGGUUGACCCACAGCGUCAUCGAACGGCCGCCUGCCUCGGACGACGAUGCUGCAGUGGCUUCCCUCCCGACGAGAUGGAACAAGGACGACGUCUGGACCGGCAUCGAUCUCCAGCCUGACGACUUGAGCGUCAAGUACACGGGGCCAAAGAACCACCACGAGCGCGAUCACGAGGCGUCGGCGGCCCGGGCGGACCAUUACAUGCCUCCCCCGUGCGGCUUAUACUACUUUGAGGUGCAGAUAUUGCACGGGAAGCGAGACGACACUACCAUUGCGAUCGGGUUCUCGACAAAAGUCGCCUCCCUGUCGAGGCCAGUGGGUUGGGAGCCCGAAUCUUGGGGGUACCACGGCGACGAUGGCCGGUGCUUCUCUGGCCAGAACAUUGGGCGGCCGUACGGGCCAACGUUCAACGCUGGCGACGUCGUCGGCUGUGGUGUCAACUUUCGAGACCACACAGCAUUCUUCACAAGGAACGGCGUCAAGCUGGGUGUCGCGUUCCACGACGUCGCCAGAAGCAAGCUGUACCCCUCGGUUAGCCUGAAAAAGCCUGGCGAGCAUGUCCUCGUCAAUUUCGGGCAGUUACCGUUUGUGUACAACAUUGACGACAUGAUGCGAGAGCAACGGGAAAAGAUCCAGAGAGACAUCGAGGCCGCCGACACGUCGCGACUGGAAGCCGGCAUGAGCGAGACAGACCUCAUUCAGACCCUCGUACUCGAGUUUCUGCAGCACGACGGCUACGUGGAAACAGCACGAGCCUUUGCCGAGGAUAUGAAGACGCAAAAGCAAGCGCUGAACCUAGACCCUAGUGCCGAGGUGGAGGGCAUCAACAUUAAGGAUGAGGAAGAUGCCAACAACAGGCAGCGCAUUCGGAGAUCCAUAUUGGAAGGGGACAUUGACCGCGCCCUCAAGUACACAAACGCCUACUAUCCGCAGGUGCUUCAAGACCAUGAGGACGUCUUCUUCAAGCUCCGGUGCCGCAAGUUUAUCGAAAUGGUGCGCAAAGCCGCGCAGAUGAGAGCGGCCAAUGACCCUAGGAGGAGCAACGGCCACGGCCCAGCCUCGCAUGAGAUGGACGUCGACCUUAACGGGGCCGAAAACGUGGCGUGGGGUGAGAGCAUGGAUAUGGACGGGUCAGAGCAGCAGACGGAGCUCAUGAGGCUGGAGCAGAGCAUGCUGGAGUACGGGCAAGUCCUGGAAGCCCAGUACGCCAACGAUUCACGCAAGGAGGUCAGCAACGCGCUGGGAGAGAUCUGGGCGCUGGUGGCCUACUCGAACCCGCUUAAGGAGCCACAGGUCAGCCAUCUUCUGGACAGGAAAGGACGGGCAGUGGUUGCCGAGGAGCUAAACUCGGCCAUCCUAUCCUCGCUGGGCAAAUCUUCGCGGGCCUGCCUAGAAAAGGUGUACGCGCAGACGAGCGUGCUGCUGGAAGACCUCCGGCGGGACGGCGGGCCAGGGGCCUUUGUUUCUCUGCAGGACCUGAUGAAGGACAUUGCCGCGUCGCCACAGAUUUAA